CUCCGUGAGGCCUCGGGGCGGGUCAGCCCUGCAGCCCUGCCGCCGGACGGGACCGCGGGCCGGAGCCGGGAUGUGUGAACCCGCUGUGUGUGAACCCGGUGUGUGUGACUCGGGUGUGAACCCGGUGUGUGCGAGCGGUGCAGGGCAGGGGCUGGCAGGGGCUCGUCCCCCGUGAGUCCCCGCGUCCGAGCGUGGCUCGGCUGUGCCCGCUCGGCUGUGCCCGCUCGGCUGUGCCCUCUCGGCUGUGCCCUCUCGGCUGUGCCCUCUCGGCUGUGCCCUCUCGGCUGUGCUCUCUCGGCCGGCAGCGGGGCUGGAGCGGAGCUGCCGCGCUGCUCCGGGUACCGGGACUUGGCAUACACUGAAGCCGGAGUAUUCAACUUCGUGAUUUCACAUGUUUCCUGAUGCCACUUGUCUUUAGCGUGUCCCGUAGCAUCCUUUUCAUCGCACGUACUUAACCUAGAUAUUUUUAGGGCCUUAACCAGACUUCUUAGUGUAUUUCUAUGCUGCAGAUUCCCGAAAAAUAAACUUGAACGUUUUGACAAGCAUGGACUUUUCAAUGAAAGUGUGUUCUGAGAUGGACAUUGCCUUGUGCAGAGUGUUGCCCUUAAAAACAAUGCAAAAGUCUGUGAAAGUGUGCUUUAAAAUGCUGGGAAAUAAGGGGUAAACAACACAUUUGUAAGCACUGUAACCUGAAUUUCUGGACCGAGCGCUUUACAUAAAGUCUCUGACAGUGGAAAUGACAGGGUAAGAAAAGCACGUGUAAUGACUUGAUGAGCCUUUUAUUUUGUCUGGCAUCAUAGUCUCAGAUGAGUACCUGAGUACAGAUCUUAAAUUUUCUCUUGUACAAAUUUUACAGAGAUAUUUUUAUGUGGUGAAAAAAACCAGUACUGAAUAAGUGGCUCUAUCUUUGACUAACUGCAAAAGCUGUCACCUAUAAUAAGUUAUUGUGCCAGUAUUACAACAGUAAUGGGAUAUUAAACCAGCACAUUUUGGCAGUAAGUAGCUGUAAUACUUAUGCCCUGUUUUGAAGUCUCUAGAAGGAGGAUUAGCUCAGACAGAAUUUGUAGUGGGAGGGUGUGAGUGAGAUGAAAAGAAAAAGCUGCUUAAUUUUAAUCUUCUCAAAAAGGUAACUACAAGUAGUGCACAUGGUUAAAACACAUAUGCUCCUCUCUCUAAUGGCUUUUAACUGUAGUAUCUUGAAUAUAUUAUGUAAACUCAGUAGUGCUGAAAUACUACUUUCUAUAAGAUUCAAUCCAUACUGAACAAGCUCCCUGUUCUGGGGCAGAGGAAGCAUUGAGGGACAGGAGGGUGUCACGGGAAGGUCUGACAACAACAGCACUGUAAAAUGGCUUUGGUUUAACUGAGGCUGUGUCUGUACCUGUGCAGAGGUGUGCCUCGGGUUAGGCUGCAGACAUUUACUUAAAUUGUUUCAUUUUCAUGAUUGGGAACUUCAUUUUCUCUAACAGCUUUCUUUUGUCUUCUGAGGUUUUUUUUUUGUCUAGUUUUAGAAGUGGGUAUCUUGGAGUGAAGAAACAGAAAAAACAAUGCUUCAUGGUGUACAAAAUCACUGUCCCUAUGAAGUGUGCUUCCUCCAGUGGUUUUGCAAGGGGAUGUGUAUUUUUAAACACCCUAAUCUCCUUAGACAAAUGAAAGCUAAAGUCCUGUGAUAUUUUCUUAUGUACAUAUUUUUAUUUUUUUUUCACAAUCUCAUAGGAGACCUUAGAAACUAGAAACAACAGAACUAGUUGUUUUAUUUUGGAUGCUUUCUCUGAUGAAGUUGCAAAUAUUAAAAAGAAAAAAAAAUCUUUUACGUUUAAAGGGUUUGUAUCUUAAGUGUGUCUGCAUAUUAUUGCCUAAAAAAUAAAUGGUGGAUUCGUGUGGUUCUAAGUGUGGCUUUUAUCUGGAUUUAUGGUGAGUUCCAGUUUCUCAUCAUCUCCCCACAGUUUUAUCUUUUGACCAACAAUUACAUGUUGGCAGUUAAUUAAGUGGAAAACCACUGUGAGAUAUGUGUUGCUCACAAGCAUACAUCACAUGAGCAUAGGAAUUAAAUGUUAAGCCACCCACUAACAUAUGCUUUAUGAUUUAGAUUUAUGAUUUGUGAUGGAUGCUACAGAGGAGGUGACGGUACUUUAAUUCAAGAGGGUGGAGUCUUCAAGCCUGCCACUACCAAGAGGAUGAAGGUGCUCUCUCCAGGAGCUUGGGAGUGUGCACAAAAUACUCAGCUAUUGCUUUGGCUGUUAAGAAAAUUAUUUGGUGAAGGAGCAAUAACUCUCCUGACUGCACCUGUGUGAUCAGCUGUCUCUAUCUGUAAGAUGAUGUGCUCCUAGUGGUUAGCUUGUGCUGCUGCCAUGAGGAUCCAGGGAAAAGCCAGGAAUCACAGAUAUCUGAAGAUGAAACCAUGAAGAGCAAGCAGAGUGAAUAAUAAUGCUUUUCCGAAACCGUUUUCUGUUCUUGCUGGCCUUGGCAGCCUUAUUAGCCUUUUUGAGCCUGAGUCUACAAUUCUUGCAUUUAAUCCCAGUAAACCCUGUCAGGGAAGAUGGGUUGAAUCCUAAGAGCCGGAAGAGAAUAAUGCCUGAUUUGCUGACGGAGCCUCCUGUCAUAGACCCCGUUUAUGAAGCUCAUGUUUACUGCAAUAUUCCCAGCAUUGCUGAGCGCAGCAUGGAAGGUCAUGCCCCUCAUUAUUUUAAGCUGGUGUCAGUUCAAGUGCUGAUUCGUCAUGGUGAUAGGUAUCCUCUGUAUGCCAUUCCCAAGACAAAGAGACCUGACAUCGACUGUAUGUUGGUGCCCAGCAGGAAACCUUCUCAUCCUCAGCUUGAAGCCUUCAUUAAGCAUAUGUCCAAAGGGUCUGCAGCCCAAAUGGAUGGUUCUCUGAGCAGCCUGCCUCACUUCCCCAGUCAUUCCCUGUGUGAAAUGGGAGAGCUUACACAGACAGGGGUUGUACAACAUCUGCGAAACGGACAGCUGCUCCGAGAAAUUUAUAUCAACAAACACAAGCUGCUCCCUGGUGACUGGACAGCCAAGCAGCUCUACCUGGAGACCACAGGGAAAAGCAGAACCCUGCAGAGCGCAUUGGCGCUGCUCUACACCUUUCUGCCAGAUUUUGACUGGAAGAAAAUCAACAUGAGGCACCAGUGGAGCACCAUUUUCUGCUCGGCAAGCUGUGACUGUCCCAUGAGAAACCACUACCUGGAGGAGGAGCAGCGCAGGCAGUACAGCUUACGGGUGAAAAACAACAAUUUGGAGAAAAUAUAUGUGGAUAUGGCAAAGAUUGUGGGCAUUCCCACCAGGCAGCUGAGAGCUUCUAACCCAAUAGAUUCUCUCUUGUGCUAUUUCUGUCAUAAUGUCUCGUUUCCCUGUACCAAAGCUGGCUGCAUUGGUAUGGAACACUUCAAAGUAAUCAAGAGACACCAGUUGGAGGAUGAGAGAGAAAGACAGCAAAAGAAACUUUAUUUCUUGUAUGCACUACUGGCUACUCAUCCCCUCCUCAACCAGACUGUCAAUCGGCUGCAGCGUAUUGCAGAAGGCAAGAAGGAAGAAGUGUUUGUUCUCUACUCUGCACAUGAUGUCACCUUGUCACCUGUUCUUAGUGCCUUGGGCAUUACAGAGGCCAGAUUUCCCAGAUUUGCUGCCAGAUUAGUUUUUGAGUUGUGGCAGGAUGGGAAGAGGCCCAAAGAACACUUUAUCCGCAUCCUGUACAACGGUGCUGAUGUCACAUUCCAGACCUCGUUUUGCAAGGAUCACUAUAAACGUUCCAACAAGCCAAUGUGCCCACUAGAAAAAUUUGUUGACUUUGUCAAGAGGGAUAUGUUCCUAAUUUUUAACAGUACAAGCUACUAUGAUGCAUGUCAUAGGAGAGCACUGUAGAGAAAGGAGGAAAGGGGGCAGUGGUAACUUAUGCCAGUGAUCUGUUUUCUGGCAGAGGCACACUUCAGUUUUCUUACUUCUUGUAUUCUUAGGUGUAAGUACAGAAGGGUAAUGCUUGGAACAUUCUCCACAUAGUUUUAUUUUCAUUCAGGCUGCAGAUGGCCUUCAGUAGAAGAACAAAUGCCAAGGGUUAUGUGUAUGUGGAUGCUCACAAAUGCUGUUAACUGUUGUGAUAAACCAUGUGGGUGAAUGUAACCUGGCCCUUCCCUGAUAGAGUGAGAGAGCACAGACUUUGUGUUUCUCUGUUCCAGAGCAAUACUUGGAUAGAGUAAGUUUAAACUACUUUUUUUUUUCCACUGCCAUCUCACAGUCAUUUUAAGCAGCUCAUGUCAGGGUUAUGAGGAAUUCCAGGUGUCUGCAUUGAGGCAUUUGUAAGGGAUUUUUGAAUUUUUUUACUCAGAGGAAGCCUUCUAAUACUAUGGGGCAGGUCCUUAAAGCAAAGUGCAUGUAUGUGUGUGUGAAUACUUCCCUGAGCACGUACAAAUGAGCGUGUGCCUUUUGCACCUCACAGACCUAGAAACCCUUGGCUAUUGUUGCCAGUGCCAGAGAAGGGUGUACUGGAAAAGGGAUACAAAACUCUACUCUUUGAUCGCACUUUCAGCACUUUGAAUAGUUCAAACACAGUCUAGAAACAUGUAAAGGCCUUGUGACGUUACAAUAGAUAGCAAACACUAACAGUACCACUAAAGAUGAGUGGGAAAUUAGGGCUAGAAAUCAGUGUUAUGGUGUAGUGUUGGGCUCUUUCCCAUUGUGAACACGUUCAAGCUGUUGUGCUAUGGAACAAAUCAGAGUUUUAGGAAAUUGCUAUGGUGACUGCUUGAGACAGCUUGACUCAAUAAUGAGAAAUCUUUGUAGUUGAGUUAGUAUUUUUAUGGACUAGGAAACUCUUAUUUUGUAAGACCAGACUUGUAUAUAUUGUACUGUGUAUAUUUAUAACACAGUAGAUCUUUCUUACUUGUUUAGUUUGUAAAGACUUGUGGAAAUCACUUUUUAGACAUUUUUUUCCCCUUGAUCAGGAUGUUUAGACUUAAGAAUAAACUGUCUGUUAUGGGUAAUUUGAACAAUGAGUAGAUAUGAAAACUUCAGACUUCUUUCAUCUCUGUAGGAGUAGCAAAUUGAGAACCAAUUUUUAAUAGAAUUCCUAGAAAUUUUAUAAUGAUGGAGGUUUUUUAACCUCUAGAAAUAAAUUAGUCUGUGAGUUGUGAUUCAAUGGUGCUAGUUUGUCAAAGAAAACAUAACUCAGCAUAAGUUCUCUGACUCUUGGCAUUCCACUCUCUCUGUUUUCAAUGCUGCGUUUGAACAUGUUUCUUUAAAUAAAAUUCUGGGGUCUCUUUGUGUA